GUACUGUGGGUGUUUACGGUAAAUCGAGUAUGAGUUAGUUCCACCAGAACCGAAAAAUAUGAUAGGCACGACCACCUAAUACCUUCAUGAUUUAUGACAACUCAAUGCUGUCCGGUAAGGCGAGUAAAGUUAGCUAACGUAGUAUAUAGCGUUCGAACGAGUCAACAUUAUCAGACAAGAAAUGGAUAUACAAAGAUAUUGGGACUUAUUAUUUGAUAAUCCAUCAGAUGAGGAUGAUGAUAUUGACUACCUUCCACCUGAACGUGAGUUUCAUCCUAAGGUCCCAGAGUUUUUUGAAACUGUCGUAUUGACAUAUUCUUUAACAGAUUUCAAGUCACAUUUUCGACUAGAAAAACAUACUUAUGAGAGAUUAGUACAAGAUCAUGGACCUCAAUUAUAUCGUGAGCGUGGUGCUGUAAAAAUGUCUCCUCAUAAGCAAGUAGCUAUUACAUUAUGGUGCCUCGGUAAUCAAGAAGUUUACAGUUUCCAACAAAAAUUUUUAUUGAUCAGUAGCUGAUCGAUUUGGAGUAUCCAAGGAUACAGUUUGGACAACUAUAUUCAAAGUUAUGAUGUUACUUACUACAGAUGUUCAGAGGUAUAUUAAAUGGCCUGAACCUCAUGCAAUGAUAAACUUUGAACGAGAAUUUCGUCAAUUAAAUGGUUUCCCUGGAGUAAU